AUGCAGCACUGUUGGAGUCAUGGUUACAAACGGGUUUGCUUUGAAGGAGAUAACAAGAUGCUGUUUAACCUAAUUAACGGAUCCAAGGUACAUUUUGGCGUUCACAACUGGAUACGGGACAUUCAUUGGUGGUCAAGGAAGUUUGAAUCAAUCCAUUUCAAUUGGAUAAAAAGACAUCACAAUACUCCAGCUGAUAUUCUUGCUAAAGCUCCUCUCCAAAACCAAUCUUUAUUUCUGAAUCAUUUAUGGGUUCCUAAUGUAAUAACCUAUGCUAUACAUUGUAACUACACUGCUGAUUUAUAA